AUGAAUAUAAAAAAAUAAAUAAAUUUUCAAGUUGGAGAAAAAUGCUGGGUAGAAUAUGAUUCAUAAGAAAAUGAAAAUAUAUAUAUAAAAGGUUAAAUAAAAGAAACAUCUUCUUAAAAAAUAAGAGUUAAAUUAAACUAAUAAGAAUUAGAUAUUGAAAAAAUUAUUGAAACUACUAUUGAAAAAAUUCAUUAAAGGAAUUCAGAAGAAGAAUAGUUUGAAGAUAUGGUAAAUAUGGAAAUUUUAAAUGAAGCUGAAUUAUUAAAUAAUUUAAAAAUAAGAUUUUAAACAGAUGAAAUAUAUACAUAUGUUGGUCCAACUCUUUUAGUAGUAAAUCCUUAUAAAUAAAUGCCCUUAUUAAAUACAUAAGAAGUUUCUAAAAAAUAUUAUGAAUAAAUAAUUGAAAAUAAAGAGUUUGCAAAUUAAAUAAAAAAAAUAAAACCACAUGUAUUUGCUAUUGCAGCAGGAGCUUUUAAAUAAUUAUUCGAAAACUAAAAAAAAUAGGCUAUUGUUAUUAGCGGUGAAUCAGGAGCUGGAAAAACAGAAAAUGCCAAACUAUGCAUGAAGUUUUUGACUACAAUUACUUAGUAAUAAGUCGAAAAAACAGAUUAGAAUUAAAUUUUAUCAUGUAAUCCUAUUUUAGAAGCGUUUGGUAAUUCGAAAACUUAAAAAAAUGAUAAUUCAAGCCGAUUUGGUAAAUAUGUGACUUUAAUUGUUGAUUUAAAAGAAAGAAAGAUUGUUGGGGCUAAAAUAAUUAAAUAUCUUCUUGAAAAAUCACGUUUAAUUAAUUAAGUUAUUUAGUUUUUUAUUUUUAUUUAUUUUUAAAUUAAAAAAAAAAAAAAGAAUUAAGAAGAAAGGAAUUUUCACAUUUUUUAUCAUUUUCUUUACAGUAAUGAUUAAUAAAAUUUGGAAAAAUUUAAACUUAAAAAUUCUUUACCUUAAAAUUUUGCUUUUUUGAAAAAAUCUAAUACUUUUUAAGUUAAUACAAUUAAAGAUGAAAGCUUAUAUAAAGAAGUAAUUGAAUCCUUUAAUGUUUUAGGAUUUUCUGAAUAAAUUUAAGAUAUUAUUUGGUCUUUAUUAACUGUUAUAUUACAUUUAGGAAAUCUUGUAUUUAACGAUAAUAAAUUAUCUGAUGAAAAUCCAUGUGAAAUAAUAAAUAUAGAGAAAUUAUAAAUAUCAAAGGAUCUUUUAGAUAUAGAAAUAUUAGAUUUCCAAAAAGAAUUAUUGACAAAAACACGAAUAGUAAAUAAACAAUAAAUAACAUGCCCUUUUUCAAAAAAAGACUGUGAAAAUUAAAGAGAUUCUAUUUGUAAAGAAUUAUAUUCUAGGCUUUUUGAUUAUAUAAUAGAAAAAUUAAAUGACACAAUACUUCCUUAUAAUGUUCCUAAAGAUAUGCUUUUAAAUAACCAGUUUUAUUAAAUUAUUGGAUUAUUAGAUAUUUACGGUUUUGAAGUUUUCUAAAAUAAUGGUUUUGAAUAAUUUUUUAUAAACUUUACUAAUGAAAAACUUCAUUAUUUAUACAUAUAAUAUGUAAUAAAAGAAGAAAAACAAGUAUAUUUAGAUGAAGGACUUUCCGAAUAUGCACAAAAAGAAAUGAAGAUUUAAGAUAAUCAAUAAAUAAUAGAUUUAUUUGAAAAAAAUAAUAACCCAUUAGGAAUAUUUUAAAUUAUAGAUGAUUUAUGUAAAAUGCCUAAUACAGAUGAAUAGUUACUCAAUAAAAUUUAAAAAACUCACUAAAAAAAUUCCAAAAUAACGUUCUUUUUAAAUUCAUAGAGUUUUUUGAUUUCGCAUACAGCGAAAGAUGUCGAAUAUAAUGUUUCUGGAUUUUUAGAUAAAAAUAAGGACGAGUUAAAUUAAACGGCUAAGUAAAUAUUUCAAAAUUCCAAAGUAGGAAUUUUUUUCGGUAAUAAAGAUGACAAUAAUAAUAAUUAUAAGUUUCUUGGGAGUAAAUUUAGAAACGAAAUGAAUGAAUUAAUGAAUGAACUUUUAGCAAGUGAUGUUCAUUUUAUCAGAUGUAUUAAAACUAAUGAAGAAAAAAAGUCUGGACUCUUUUUGCCUGCCUUUACACUUAAUUAAAUAAGAUAUCUGGGAGUUCUUGAAUCUAUUAAUAUUAGAAAAUAAGGAUUUCCUAUAAGGAAAAGCUACGAAAGCUUCUAUAAAUAAUAUUCAUUAUUAAUGACAAUGAAAAAUCAUAUGCCUUUUGCAUUUAAUAAAACUUAACAAAUUGAUUUUAAAACCUUAGUUUAGGAAGUUUUUAAUAUUUAUUUUUCUGAAUUAUUAAAUAAUAAUAAAAAUGUGCUUUUUGGAAAAACUAAAAUAUUUUUAAAAAUUGAAGGCUCUUUUUUAAUUGAAAAAAUUUAUUAAGAUAAAAUAUCACUUUUGUAAAAGAAUUCAUUAAAAAUUCAAAAAUGUUAUUUUUCUUUUAAAUAAUUACAAAAAUUAAGAAGAGGCUUAAAAUGUAUAAGGAAACUUUAAAAAACAAUAAAAAGAAAAUUUUUACUUAAAAAAAGCUCGAUUUUAAUAAAUUAAUAUAUAUAAACUAAUUAUUAAUACAUCAAAUAUAAUGAAGAAAUAAAAUAAAUUAAAUUGAUUUAAAAAAUAUGGAAAAAAUAAGUUAAAAAAAUAGCUUAAAUUAAAAUUUAGAAAUAUAGGAUUGCAUAUAUUGUAAAAAAUAAAAUAAAAUAUAUAUAUAUAUAUAUAUAUAUAUAUAUUUAUAUAUAUUUAUAUAUAUAUAUAGUAUCCUUCAUUUGA